AUGGCCGUCGUAGUGCGCUUGUUAGACGAUACAGGCAACUGGGAGUGUGUGAACCGAGUCGCUCACAUCACUGUGGGAACUAGGGAUAACGCGGUCAAGCCGAGGGAAAGCAAUGAUCUUCUGGAUAAAUGGAUCGAGGCCGGGGCUGAUGGCGAACACAUUUUCGAGGUAAUUCUAGGCGAAAAGCCGGUCUUGAAAGGUACCGUGAGGAGUGUGCUCUCGAGAUAG